AUUAAAUUUCGCACGAAAUGAAAUUCCACAAACGUAACAUUCUAUGAACUAUCUAUCUCCUUCUUCUUCUUCUUCUUUUUCUUCACCUCCAUUGUUUAUGUGGUCAGUAGUUGUUGGCACUCAUGUCCAAACCAAAACACAUAUAAAGGAAAACAAAGAAUUCCUAUGAUAACCCAAAACCAGACAACCAAAGGUUUCUCAUAAAACCUAAAAUUCUCCGAAAACAAAUCUUUACAAACAUGAAAACUGAGCAACACUAUGCCAGUAGAAAACUUUCACCUUCGUUACAACCUAAGAUCAUCAAAACGGCAAAACCCGCAGCGUAUUUUAUUCUUCUUCUGCUAACCUACUCCUUGGGUUACUUAUCCCACCACCCUGCUUCCACUUCAUUACCACUCGCACCGUCAUCACCACCACCACAAUUACCAGAACCUGAUAUUCGUUUCGCAAUCAACACCACCGAGUUGAACCCGUUCCGAAUCACCACUCGCUGCGCCGAUCCAAUUCCGCCGGAGACAAUCCGACGGACUCUCGUGGACCGCCUCUUCAACGGCACCUCGCCGUUUGACAAUUUCCCGCCGCCGCACGCGGCGGAGAAGCUGCGGCGGACGAAGAGGGUGAAGGGUUGGGGCUCCACCGGUGCUGUGUUCGAGAACCUCAUCCGCCGCGUGCGGCCGCGGACCGUCGUUGAAGUUGGUACGUUCCUCGGCGCGUCGGCGAUUCACAUGGCUGAGUUGACUCGCCAACUCGGUCUGCAAACUCAGAUCCUCUGCGUGGACGACUUUCGCGGCUGGGCCGGGUUCAGAGAGCGGUUCAUGAACAUACCCAUGGAAAACGGUGACGUUUGGCUCUUUUACCAGUUCCUUCAGAACGUGGUCACUUUUAACCAAACCGGGUCAGUUUUACCUGUUCCGUUUUCAAGCGGGUCGACCCUGAUGUUGUUUUGCGAGUGGGGCGUGUACGCGGAUUUAGUUGAGAUCGAUGCGGGUCACGAUUUUUUGUCUGCUUGGGCUGAUAUCAACCGGGGCUUUCGGAUCCUCCGACCCGGGGGGGUUAUUUUCGGGCACGAUUAUUUCACUGCAGCAGAUAAUAGAGGGGUUCGGAGAGCCGUUGAUCUGUUUGCUAAAGUUCACAAUCUGAAGGUAAAUAUUGAUGGUCAACAUUGGGUCAUUUAUUCUUCCUAAUGUUUAAAAUUUCCUAUGUGGAGUAAAUAGGUAUAACACGUUGAUUCGAUUAUUGGGGGUGUAUAAAUUACAAUGAAGGUUCAAUUUGAUUCAGUAUUUUGUUUCUCUGCACUUUCAUACAAUACAAUUCAUAAUUUUCUCUUUC